CUGUGUCAGGGUCCCCGCGCAGCUGCCUGUGGCGUGCGUGUCGGUGCUUCCGGUUUCCCUGUUCCCCCGGCAGCGGGAAGGGAGGGCGUCCCCUCUGCCGCCGGGAAGUUAGGCCCAGCUCGUCCCCACUGCAGACGUAGCCCGCCCGAGGCUUUGAGCCACUGUCUUCCUCAGCCGAGCUGUUUGAGUGCCCGCUCCUGGUGCUGUGUCCGAGGGCCUGCCGGGCCGCGCACGCAGGGAGCCCCAGGCACGGAGAGCUCCUCCUCGGACGGCCAGCCUCUGUUUUUGAUUGUGGUGUGACCCUGGUUGGGAAAAACAGCAAAAAACCCUGGCCUCUGGUAGUUUAAAAGAGGGGGACAACUGUGGACAGUGGUUCUAACUGGCCUUGAGAUCUCUUUGGUACCGAAAUGGUGUGUGUGCAUGUGCAGUGCUGGUGAUUAAAUCAGGAGCACUCCCUCUCCGACUACACCUCCAGCCCUUUUUAAAAUUUUUAUUUGGGGACAGAAUCUCACUGAGUCACCUGGUGUGGCCUUGAAAUUGGAAUCUUCGUGCCUCAGCCUGCAGACGCCCCCUCUGCUUUCUCUGGAGCGCACCAACUUCUUAACUAUCGAGUCAAGCAGUGGUGUUAAUAAAUGGCACGUGAAGUCUAAAGCCCCACAUGGCUGGAAAGAGGUCGCUCAGCCGGCGGCCUCUGCUGCUGCUGGGGCUGCUGGUUGCAGUCGCGGCCGUCCACCUCUUCACCUGUCCCUACACCAAGGUGGAGGAGAGCUUCAACCUGCAGGCCACACACGACCUGCUGUACCAUCGACUGGACAUGGACAAGUAUGACCACCAUGAAUUUCCCGGUGUUGUCCCCAGGACGUUCCUCGGGCCUCUGCUGAUGGCGGCAGUCUCCAGCCCCCUGGUCUAUGUGCUUUCACUGUUGGAAGUGUCCAGGUUUUAUUCCCAGCUGACAGUCAGAGGAGUCCUCGGGCUCAGCGUGAUUUUGGGACUCUGGGCAUUACAAAAAGAAGUGAGACGACAGUUUGGGGCCACGGUGGCCACCAUGUUCUGCUGGGUGACGGCUACACAGUUCCACUUGAUGUUUUACUGCUCGCGGACGCUCCCCAAUGUGCUGGCCCUGGCUGUGGUCCUGCCGGCCCUCACGGCCUGGCUACAGCACCGGUGGACCCUCUUCAUCUGGCUCUCGGCCUUUGCGACCAUCGUCUUCCGGGCUGAGCUGUGCCUACUGCUGGGUCUCAUGCUGCUGCUGGCGCUGUACCACAGAAGGGUCUCUGUGGCCAGACUGCUGCAGCACGCCGUCCCCGCGGGCGCGCUCUGUCUGGGACUGACGGUCACUGUGGACUCCUGUUUCUGGCGCUACCUUGUGUGGCCGGAAGGAAAGGUGCUCUGGUACAACACUGUCCUGAACAAAAGUUCCAACUGGGGCACCUCCCCACUGCUGUGGUACUUCUACUCGGCCCUGCCCCGGGGCCUGGGCUGCAGCCUUCUCUUCGUGCCCCUGGGCGUGAUGGACAGGCGGGCGCGGGUGCUGGCUCUGCCGGCGCUGGGCUUCGUGGCGUCCUACUCCCUGCUCCCGCACAAGGAGCUGCGCUUCAUCAUCUACACCUUCCCAGUGCUCAACGUGGUGGCCGCCAGAGGCUGUGCCUACCUGCUGAAUAAUUACAGAAAGUCUUGGCUCUACAAGGCGGGGACAGUGCUUGUGGCGGGACACCUGGUGGUGAAUGCCGCCUAUGCUGCCGUGUGCCUGCGUGUUUCCCACUUCAACUACCCUGGUGGCAUCGCCAUGCAGCGGCUGCAUGAGCUGGUGCCCCCUUGGACAGAUGUCCUCCUGCACAUUGACACAGCUGCUGCCCAGACAGGUGUGUCGCGGUUCUUGCAAGUCAACAGUGCUUGGAGAUACGACAAGAGGGAGGACCUGCAGCCCGGGGCGGCAGACAUGCUGGCCUACACGCACAUUCUCCUGGAGGCAGCCCCCAGCCACCUGGCCCUCUACAGGGACACACACCGUGUCCUGGCCCGCAUCCUGGGCACCAGUGGUGUGAGUCUGAACCUGACCAGACUGCCUCCCUUUGAUGUCAACCUGCAGACUAGGCUGGUGCUUCUGGAGAGAGUUGUCCAGCCAUCCAAAGGGGAUAGGUGACAGCGUGCCCCCGACACUGCCCCCAGGGCAGGCAGGGCUGGUACCUGUCCACCACCAUUCCUGGGGCACACAGCUUGACAGGACAAGGGCCUCAGAGCUGCUGCCACAGGCACUGGUAGCCCUGGGGACCCCUUCUCAUCAUCCGGGCACCCUCACAACCAAGAGGGGAUAACAGGCCAGGCAAGACCAUCCCAGCAGCUGGCUGGUGGUGGCCCUCACUGUUCACUGCCCCCAGGUGCACGUGGCCAGGGCCUCAGCACCUGCCCUCCCGCCCCUGCAGCUUCUGUGCUCACAGGCCCUCAUACGCAUUCAGGUGAUUUCAGGAGGUAAACACGUUGAAAAGAAUGAGAAUGAACGUCUCAGAUGUUUUCUUAGGCAGUGUCUCUCAUUUGCAGUUGCUUCUGGAGGCCACCCUGUCUAGCACUGCCUUGGGGGAGUCUGAUGCAGUCAUGCUGUACUGAGCACACUUCAGGGUGGGACACUGCCAGGCACAGGGUGACAGAGGACAGGUCACUGCCGUGAGCUCACGUGCACACUGCAGGCACUGCACGUGUACGUGCGGGUGCACGGGCAUGAAGACGUGUUUCCUGAGUCUGCUGAGCGCGAGCUGUUCACAACAAGCCCAUGGGGUUCUGGGCUCCCUCUAUCCAACUCUGUUCCACAGUGAGAAUCCUGGCUUCCAGCGGUAUCCACACAUUGACUGCUUUGCUCAAUAAGAAGACAUUAAAUAGUUUGAGAAUUGCCUUGUCACACAAUUGCACAAAACAAACCCACCAUAAAAAGGUGAGCUUUGUGAGGGUUCUUCACUCCCACCCACCACUGCAAGGGAUAAUGCGCUCCCUGGGUUGGCUGCUCCUGGCCUGCGUGGGGUCGUGUGGGGCCACUCUUCCCCUGCAGUCCGCGAGGCCCACCGCCCUUCCUCCUCGUGGCCAUGCAGACCAUGACACGAAGCCCCAGAGCGCACUCCGGCGGAGGGCAGGCUCGGGCACCCUUUCUUACAGGAAGUUCCAGCGCGCACUCUGGAGGUGGGCAGGCCCCAGCCCCUUCUUACGGGAGCAUCUGUGCGCAUUUGCCCUCUGCUCUUUCCACGGGUGGAAUCUCCUGGAAAGUGCUGCGUCGGGGCUGCAGAGCCCGCUCACUGCUUCCCAGGGCCACACGGACUCGGGGAUGUAGAUGUUCUGUGGCUACUCGGCCAACUGCUCUCCGAAGGGGCAUUUAACUGAUUUCCAAUAUUCAAUAAAAUACAGAUUCGGUGACAGCGAGUAACCAGGAGCACUUUUAUUUUCCUACCGUGCAUCUCCAGGGUACACUCCUGGACGUGGGCACGUGGGUCGGACGGACAGGCCAGUCGUGCUGGCCUCGCCAGAUCCCUCCGCAGGGUGCUUCUGUUUGCUCCUCGCAGGGCCAGUGCUUGGCCUCUGUCCUUGUUUCCCGCGCCAGUGGAGCGAAUGCCCUUUCUGCGGGUUCAAGGGCUGGUUUGUGAGCCAUCUGUUCGUUUCUUUGAUCCCUCUGUAGGCUUUUAUUAAAUGGACCAGACAUCUGGGGGUGUCCACCCGCUCCGCAUCCCCAUGCAUUCCCAGUGGACUUCAUGUCGAGUCCUCCCUGGGGCCAGCCACCUGCUCCUGCCCGCACCCUCAGCUUGGCGGGGCCGCUUGCCCGGCUUAGGGACCUGAAGGAUUUUCCAGCUCUUGCUUAUUUCAGAACCUGCACGUUCCUUCCUGCACCCUGGGCGCCCGCGCAUCCCCGCGCAGGUGAAGCGGGCCAGCGCGGCCCCGGGCCUCAGCGACUCGCCUCUGAGCCGGCCAGGGUGGCCUCUGGGUGUUCACGUCCCGGGGCUCACGUCCUCGGUUGGGUUCCGAGAGUGGCGCACACUGCGAAGGUUUAUCCACAUUUCAUUCCCAUCACCCAGCCGGGCUGCAGCUUGUCCCCUUGCCUAGCCGGAGGUCGUUCACUUAUGCCACGUCGACCUCGCACUUGCAGUUGGUGCUUUGGUGAUUGCACCCAGGGUGGCCCGCCACCCACAGGAGCCGUCUCUUCUACAAUAUCGUGUACGUGGAACUCCCUGAGCUUUGGCUUCUUUCAUCCGAGUGUCCCCUUUCACCCUCUUUGUUUCUGUUGAAAAGGUGCACCUGCUAUCCAAGUAGUCACUGGUGCUGGCAGAGAUACCUGCGGGUGUUCUCUGGGGCUCAGUCCCUGGCAGUGGGAUGGCUGAGCCAGAAGAGGACGCCUGCACCGGGGCACAGAUUGCAGUGUGGCAACAACCGGGCACACAUGUACUGUGCAUCCACAUUUAAGAAAAGUUUUGAGCUCCUACCCGCGGUGUUGGGAGAGCCCCACUUGUUCUGCAUUCAUGCCCAAACUUGGUGGUGUCAGUUUUUAAAAUUUGAGCCAUUCGAACAGGUGUGUGGUUAGGACUUGUGAUUUUAAUUUGCAUUUCUCUGAUGACUAAUGAAGGUAAAUAUUUCUUGUGUGUAUUGGCCAUUCUCGUCUUUUUAAAUGAAGUAUCUUCAAAUAUUUUGUCUUUUUUUUUUUUUUUUUUUUUGGUCUUAUUUAGUUGUGAGCGUUCUUUGUGUCUUCUGGAUACAAGCCCUUUGUCAGAUUUUUCUCUACAAAACAUUGCCUGUUUUUUGGAAAAGUUUUACAUCUUUAUUCUUGUGUACCUGGUGCUUGGUGCCCUGAGAAAACACUGCCUAGCCCAUGCCACGGAAGAGAAAAGGCAGAUCAUGACAGGUUCAUUGGUACAGGGACACGGCUGGCAUGCUGCUAAGGGGACCGGAAGUCUCCAGGGCAGGUUUUUUUUUUUUUUUAAAGAGAGUGAGAGAGAGAGAAUUUUAAUAUUUAUUUUUUAGUUUUCGGUGGGCACAACAUCUUUGUAUGUGGUGCUGAGGAUCGAACCCGGGCUGCACGCAUGCCAGGCGAGCACACUACCGCUUGAGCCACAUCCCCAGCCCCCCAGGGCAGUUUUUGCUGAGCAGUGCAGGUCAGUGGCCACCUGGCUGAGGUGGCUUGGCUGCAUCCCUGCACCUUUCUCCACACCCUAGAGCAUUUCUGUUGGGUAUGUGAGGGUCCUAGGAAUGGAAUCCCUACAAAACACAGUGCAUUUUUAACUUUACAAGGAUUUCCAGCCUAUUUUUUUCUUUUUAGUUGUUCUUAUGGGUACAUUUAAUUCUUUUUUCUUUUUCCCACUUUUUAUUUAAAAAAAAUUUAAUAUAAUCCAAUUAUCACAAUAUCCCCCAAACAAGAUCAAAUAACUAAAGAUUUGCUUUGUGUUUCUGCGAAUAUGUUCCCCUAGAGAGGCAUAAGUUUGUGAUUGCUCUGACAGUACUGCAGAUGUCCGGCCCCUCAGGACCCUGAGGUAGACCUGAAGUUCCUGGCCAAGAUGCAUCUUCUGGAAAUGAGGCUGUGACUCAACAGGAUUGUAAGACUGUUUUAUUUGUUUACUGUGCUGAACGGGGAUGGAUCCCAGGACUUCCCAUGUACUAGGCAAGUGCUCUACCAUGGAGCCACAUCCCCAGCCCGUUUUAUUUUAGUGUGAGACAGAGUCUCACAAAGUUGCUGAGGCUGGUCUCCUUGCAAACCUUGCUGGGAUCACGGGCGAGGCCACAGUCCCUGGUAACAGUCUUUGUUUGUUUGAAGUGCUGGGGAGGAAACCAGGGUUUCUGUGGGAGGCUGGCCCGCUGUGGCUGAGCUGCCCCCAGCCUCGGUGCCUCGGGUGCAGUAGGAGCACACUUGGUCUCCCGCUGUCCUGAAGCAGGACCUCUGUGAAGCUCCACUGGCUGCUCCGUCUUCACGACCUCUCAGAUCAUAAUGGUCCCUGCACACCCUGUGUUGUGAAGGCGGUGACCUCUGGUAACAGCUUUCUAACAGCCGCCCGGCCUGCCCGGUCCCCACUCCAGCAAUCUCCUGCUCUGCUGUGUUCUGAACACGAGCCCUUCAGUAGAGGGGAGUUGCCAAGGGCUGUCUCUGCGCUCCCUUGGAGCUGCCUUUUGGAGAGAAGUGCUUCAUUUUGUUGAAGACCAGUUGACUCAUUUCUUUGCUCAUGGACCAUACAUUUAGUGUUAGAUUAACAAAAUCUGCCCAACACAACUUCCUGAAUAAGUUUGAUGGAUCACAUUUUAUAUUAAAACAGUGAUCUGAGUUGAUUUCUAUAUGGUGGGCAAUAUAGAUCAAAUUUCUCCCACAUAUGAAUAUCCAAUCGUUCUAGCACCAGUUUUUGAAGACGAUCCUUUCUCCCUGAUUUACUUUUGUUCUUUCUCAAAAAUCAAUUGAUCUAGGAGCUGGAGAUGCAGCCUGACAGGUGCAAGGUCUUGGCCCCUCCCCAGACAGCAGAAAAGCAUUUAAAAACCAAUCAACUCAAGAAGAAAAUCACAGACUGGGAGAAAUUUCUUGAGAUGAGACAUAUCUGAAGAAGGACUGUUGUCCAGGACACUCAGAACACACCCUUGAAACUCAACACGCAGGAAGCAAACAAGACGUGGUUUUAAAGUGGGCACAAUAUCUGCCCUCUUCACAAAGAGACACAAAUGGCAAAAAGGUCCACUGCCCAGGAGUCUCGAUGGACGACAGCCAUGGACGCCCUGCACACCCGAUCCUGUGGCCCAACCCAAGGUGGGCAGCUGUGCGCUGUGGAGGGUGUGAACCAGGGGCAGCCACUCUGCCAGAGGGAGCUGGGAGUCCCCUACCAGGCACCCUCCCUGGGGCUUGGUUCUCUGCCCAGGGGAAGCGAAGUCUCAGGGCAACAGAGUUCUGACACUCGUGGGCACCCAGACCGUGGGACUAGCACUGCAAAGAGGCAAGCCGAGGCCAGGGAAAGACACAAGGGAAGGGGACGCACCCCUGAGGCCAGAGACUACCGGAAGCCUAUGUGCUGUGGGUGUCAACUCCAGACAGACGGGAAGGGGUCAGAAUGUCAUCAAUAGGUAAAGUCAGCACAUAAAAUCAGCGGUUGGCAGGUCCAGGCAAAAUGGCAGUGCCCAGUGGGAGUGCGCCUUUUGCAGGACGGGUUUGUGUCCCUGUGUAGGUGCUGGGCAACCGUGCUGUGCCCUGCAGACCCGCCCAUGGGGCCACUGGGCAGCUGCGGUGCAGGGGCGGGUGCUGGUGGUGGCCGCAGCUGCCUGUAUGGGUCCAGGGAGCUCUGCUUUCUGCUUGACUUCUGGGAGACAGAACUGUGUAAAAAAGUCUGAUGAAAAGUAAACUCAGAUGGUUUUGACGGGGA